AUGUCGCCGCGCGGAUUUUCAGUCCUAGGGGCUCUACUUGCUAUUGCUCAACUCACAGCUGGAUUCGAUGCAUCACGGCGACAGUCUCCUAACAGCCACCCCGGAGAGUUCCGACCCGAUGAAGAUGGGAAAUACACCAUCGGAGACCUAGGAAUCACGGCGCAAUUCAUCCCCUACGGAGCCAGCAUCACCAACCUGUUUGUUAAGGACAGGCAUGGCGUCGAAAGAGAUAUUGUACUGGGAUACGACAAUGCGAGUUACUAUCCCAUCGACGAGUCGCAUCCUCACCUUGGUGGCGUCCCUGGGCGGUACGCAAACCGUAUCAAGAAUGGAACAUAUGAUAUUGAUGGGGUCACAUAUCAUACCGACCUGAACGACAAUGAUGGUCUCAACACCCUGCAUGGCGGCAGGAAUGGUUGGGAUUAUCGAAACUUCACCGUCGUUGCCCACUCGUCCGACCGAAUCGUCUUUCGACUCAUAGAUGAAGACUGCUCUAUGGGCUUCCCAGGGCGCGUGGAAGCAGAAAUCGAGUACUCGGUCUCGGCCUUCACCUGGCAUAUCAAAAUGUGGGCGAAGAAUUUCACGGAAAAGACACCGAUCAUGCUUACCUCCCACACGUACUGGAAUCUGGACGGCUUUCAGAAUCCUGACACGCCGCAAGCGCUCGGCCACAAGCUCUGGACGCCGCGCUCGAAAUCCAGAGUAGCGACAGACGGAAUUUUGAUACCAAACGGUGACAUCCUGCCGAGCCAAGAAGGUUCUGUCAACGACUUCUGGAGCAAACCGAAGCCACUUGGCGCGUCGUUUGGUGACUCCGAGAUUGAAGGGAACUGCGGGACCGAUUGUCGCGGUUAUGAUACCUGCUACAUUGUCACGCAAGAGAACGACCCUCGGGAUCGGCGGCCCCUACCCCUUGCGCGGCUGGAGAGCGAGUCGUCAGGGAUCGUUGUGGAUAUUUUUUCCGAACAGCACGCACUUCAGAUGUAUAGCUGCAACAAUCAAGAUGGUACUAUGCCCCUGAAGAAAACUCAAGGCUUCUUUGAUGACCCUACUCAACCUCGAACAGUACAGCAGUACGGCUGCGUAGUACUGGAAGCCCAAGACUGGAUCGAUGGGAUCAAUCACCCGGAAUGGGAACGAGAGAAGAGACAGAUCUUUGGACCGGGAGAUGAGUAUUUUCUGGAGAUAUCGCAUACGUUUAGUCUCAGCCCGGAUCAAUGA